CUGCUUCCGGCCGCGCCUCCUCCUUCGUUAGGUAAGCGCCUCUCCUCCUUCCAUCACUUCUUCGCCCGCUCUCUCCUCCCCUUCUGCUCCCUCAGCGCCCCCAUCCCUUUUUCGCAGGCGGCGCCUCUCCCCUCUCGAUUCGGCGUCUUCUGCUUCCGGCGCUCCUCCUCCUUCGUUAGGCGCCUCGGCCCUCUCGAUUCGGCGCCUUCGCUGCUCCCGGCCGGUGCCUCGUCCCUCGUUAGGCUUCUUCCAAAAGCUGCUCUGCUUACUCGCGCCCUGACACUUUGUUUGCUCGCAGUGGAUCGAACAGUGUAUAGACGAUCCAAAUGGAGACUCGCCGAGAUUGCUAGUGACAUCGAGGAUGAUCAGUCAUAUACCCGCCAGGAGGUGCUUACUGAAGAUGAUGCGUCAAGUGCGGACUCCGGCCCCGUCCGCCUCUCAGAUGGUUACCGAUUCAGGCUAUACGAUUUUGCCAUGGCGGGGUAUGUGGGGUGCGAGGCCGACCCCCGCACUUGGCAUGCGCCAACUUCGGCGCCUCUCUCGACUCUGUGGGGUGAGGGUUCGGAAGAAACUUGGGCUAAGGCUUUUACCCUUGCGAAGUCUGAGCGGGAACAGAAGCACCACAUUCUUCGUGCUCCCCCUGUGGAUUUUGGGAGAAAAGGGGAGAGAGCGCGCGCCCUGGGAGAACUUUACGACCAUGAGCUAGGGCACAGAAGGCGCCUAGCAUCCCUGCCGAGCGAACGCCCCGUUCAUCUGGGCAAGGCGUUUGAUGAUGUCGAGGAGGCGUCUCCUCGACUGUUUCCUUCCUUGGGGUCGCGCGACCCUCUCCCAGAGAAGACCUUAGGCAAGCGCCAUGCCUCGGCUGACUCUCCCAUUGUGGUUCCGAAGAAGAAGAACAAGCCGAGCCUUGGGAGCAUUGAUGAGAUUUUGGCACCUCCUCGCUCACGACGUGCCGUAAAGCCGAAGGAGCCUGUUCCAAUCUCUCCGCUCGGCGUGUCAGCACUUGUUCCAGAUCACCCUCCAAGGGUUAACUCUCGUCUGGAGGAUGAGUUGGCAUCGGUGAAGCGACAGCUUUCAGAUGCCUUGGCUGCUGAGAGUGUUUCUGCUCGUGAAGAGAAAGAGAAGGAGAUAGCCUUCCAGGCGAAGCGGAUUGAUACCUUGGAGAAGGAGCUGUUGGCGAUGUCUGCCGCUAGGGGUCACCAGAAGAGGGCUUUCAUCGGCAUUCGCAAGAAGGUCCGCUCCGAUAAUCCUGACAUGAAGUGGGAUACUCCGGAGGUCUGGCAGGCUAUGGAUGACUACUUCCUCUCCCUUGGUACGGAUAACGAGCCUUCUGACUCGGACCCGUACCCCUUAGACGAGGGUGACUCUUCUGCCGAUGAUGUGGAGGUUGACGUUGAGAAGGUUGGGGAAGAGGGAGUAGGUGACAACGUUGAUGCCAAUGCUGGUGCCGGGGAAGGUGGUGGGGACGUGGUUGCUGUUGAUGGUCAGGGUGGCGCCUCGGAUGGUGGUACCGAUGGUGACUCUAGCUCGUCCGACAAUCAUUCGAGCAAGUCAGACUAG